CGAACAUUCCUAUUUACAACAAUUGCAUAACACAAUGAAACGAAAUCUACUAUGUUGCUCGCGGUCUUUCUCAUAUUCCCUUAAGCCUACCUCACAACGAUUGUCUAUUUCCACAACCUCAAGACGCGUCGCAUCUAUUCCAAGCUGCCGAGCUUCUAUUCGAUGUCUACACACUACACGUCCCGCCCUCCUCCAGUCCAGGCCUCCCAAGACCCGCGACCGUGGCCCCAGAAGCGAUGAAGAUACACAAACUGACUUUAGCGCACUCGAUGUGCUGCGAAAUACCGCAGCGCCGGCGACCUCGAUCGACGCCUGCACCAGCGAUGGCUUUGCGUUGAACAACCAGAUGCGCAUAACUGGGUGCGGUCUGAUAUUAAUAGGUGGAGAAGCGUUUCGGUGGCGGCCAUGGUUGCAGGAGAGUAACAAGGAGGGAACAGCUGCCGAAGGCGGGGCUGGCGAUGAUGCGAUGACAGGGAGGCUUCUGAACGCGAAGAAUCAGUGGGAAGUACAAGAGAGCGCGUGGGGUGUGUUGGAGUUGGUGUAUCCGAAGCCAGAUCUUCUGAUAAUCGGCACCGGCCCAAACGUCACUCCCAUCGCACCUGCGGUUCGCAAAUACCUUAACGGCCUCGGCUUGCGGCUCGAGAUUCAAGACACAAGAAAUGCAGCCGCACAGUUCAACUUGCUUGCAACUGAGCGUGGAGUGGGCCAGGUCGCAGCGGCGCUCAUACCAAUAGGCUGGGCAGAGAAGGCGAAGCCAUGAGGGUGAAUGAUGAGGCAAAGUUGCGGCUAUGCCCUUUCCAUACGCCAAAAAAGUCACAUUCUUCCUUUUGGACACCAUGUAGCAAUAUUAUACACCAAGAAGUUAACGAGAGAUACUCUGGGCCGCAUGCUAUGUACGUCAACAGGUUUCUGUGUCUUAUUUACGAUUCUUCGACAUGCUUCACGAUUGUCUCAUACGUCACGCGCAUUCAGUGGAGGGACCUGUCAUGCUAACUGACAAGUAAGAGCAAGCGCGUUUCCACAUAUCUGCCGAAUUCAAAGUCUCAC